UCCACAGCAGUGUAGCCACAGCUCAGCAGCAGUAUGAAGGUGCUGGUGAUCGCAUCGUUCCUGGUGGCCGCCGUCAGCGCCGGAGGCGGGCACGGAGGCGGGUACGGAGGCGGGCACGGAGGCGGACACGGAGGCGGACACGGAGGCGGGCACGGAGGCGGGCACGGAGGCGGGUAUGGCGGCGACCACAGCGUGCCCACCUCCUACAAGUUCUCCUACGGCGUCGACGACCCGCACUACGGCCCCAAGUUCUCCCACAGCGAGAGCAACGACGGCAAGGCGGCCCAGGGCUACUACAGCGUGGCGCUGCCGGACGGCCGCACCCAGCACGUCAAGUACCACUCGGACCAGUACGGCUACGGCGGACACAACGCCGAGGUGACCUACUCGGGAUACGCCUCGCACGGCGGAGGAAACGGCGGAAACGGCGGUGGAUACGGUGGUGGACACGGUGGAAAUGGCGGUGGAUACAGCGGUGGAUACUAACGCUAACGACACCGUCUUUAAAAUAUAUGCAUGAUGAGCGUCUGUGCUUUACAUUUGAAAUAUUUUAAAGGGGUGGAUGUCGAAAAGGCAAAAGUGGUGACUUCUUUGAUUGCAUGUUAUGUGUGAAAUAUA